GUCUGCUUUCAGACCAUCUAGUGAAUGAAGCUUUGGAUCUCAAAAACGUCAACUCCUUUGAUUUGUAAUUGAAAAUCAACGAAAUCUGAAGCGUAUUGCAGCAUUCUUCGUCGCUUUUCCAUGUCACAAUUUUGAUUAUCUACCUGUCUUUGUAUUAAUCUUCGAUACAAAUACUCUAGAUGCUCUGACGCGUUGAAACUCGAUCACCUGUUGCUUCUCUAGCAGAAACAUGUCAUUGUUACUGAAGAACGCGACCAACAGCAUCUGGCACGCUUUCAACGCUUUAUGCUGUGACAAAAGCGGAUUAGUUGUAAAGUCCAAGCUUAAGGUGUUAACAGCGAACAUUGGUACCCUCCUAGACCUAUACGGAGUUGAAAAGGGUCUAGAGCAUUACCGCAGCACUUCUGAUCUUAAUUUUGAACACUUUAAAUAUUAUUUGCAGAAAGAGGUUUUCUCAUCACUACCUGACAACUUCACUCUCACUUCUAUUCAAGACUUUGAAGCUCGCGUUGAUGAAGUAUGCUGGCUAGUGUGCAAGAAAGAUUUAAUUUUGAGAGAAAAACCGCUUCUUCCUGAUGAUUCAGUUUUCCAACUCUUCCGUGUUUUCUGUAUGCUUGCUGACCUGAUAGAAUCCUCCGAAAUUUAUCAGGUUCUUAUGCACUCUUCUGAGGUUGGAAAAGUAGUAUCUGAGAUUGUUUAUUCCGUUGGACUAGAAUGGGAUGCAGGAGAAUUUGAAAUUUUAUCUUCCUCAGUGAGGGCAUUUCGCUUUAGCACUUUUCUUGCUCUAAUUGAAACCAAAUAUUUUGGUGAUGGAUGUGUAGAAAUUGAUGGACUUGUAGAAGCUGUACAAGAAAUCUUCCGCACCUACCUUCAAGAUGUGUUGAAAAAGGGUACCCUCAUGAAGCGAGGAUUCCUCCUCCCAACUCUUAGAGAGUACUGGUUUGUUCUUCGUCCAACUCAGCUAAAUUAUUACAAAAGUCAAGAUGAAAGAGAGUGCUGUGGUAGCAUCAGCCUUGACACCCAGUGUAGAGUUGAUGCCACAUCUCGAGGAAUGCGGACCCAAGAUAAGGCUCAUCGCUUGGCCUUGCAUACAAGCGAAAGAACUUAUGAGUUUGCUGCUUAUGACCAUAGGUCUAGGUUACAAUGGAUUUCUUCACUCCAUUUGGCAAUAGCCCAGUCAGGAUGCAGAGAGGGUUAUCAAAGAACCUUGGCGGCUCGGCGGAGAGCUCAGCGUGAAGCAGAUGCAUUCCGCCUCUCUGAAGAGCAUAAACGGCGUACAAGUCAAAUCCUUGACAUGGAACUGACUCGUGCCCAGCUGCAAGCAGAAAAAGUGGCCCGAGUUGCUGCUGAACUGCAAGCUAAAGAGUUGGAAGCAGUACACCGUGAGGAGGGUAAAAGAGUCCAAAUGCUAGAAGAAACAAGGCGAACUUUAGAGCGCCUCCUAGAGGAAGAAACACAAGCUAAGCGCGACGAAGAAAUAGUACGCAAUUUACAAGGCAGGGUCCUUCGCGAAGAAAUGGAACAUAGAGAAAAGCUGGAAAGAUUGCAGGAAGAACAGAAAGCACUUUUGGAACUAGAGAGAGAAAAACGAAUGGAGUUUGAAAAACAACAGAAAGAUAAGGAGGAACAAUUAUCUGAGGCUCAACAGCGACUUCGGCAGUUGGAAGAUGAAAAGCAAAAACUUGACAAAGAACUAGAAUCGGCUCAAGAAAAAAUUACCUCUUCUGAAAAAUCUAAGGAAGUUUUGGAAGCUAAACUAAGGGUCAUGUUGCCGCAACUUAAAGAUUCAGGGAGAAUUUGUAGGGCCCUCAGCUUUGUUCCAUCAACCAAGGAAAGGCCAGCGUUUGCAGAAGUCCGCAGUAACAUCAGUGCUAAUGGUCUUAAACGCUCUGAGGAAGCUCCUCAUUGACUGACAAUAACAUAUCUGUCAUCAGGAAAGCAAUCUCCUUUUUGUUUGUCUUUCUAUUUCUUUUAGAAUGCUUACUUGAAUUACUCUUUCCUAUUUUCUGUGUUAAAUAUUUUCAACAAUUGAGAGGAAGUUGUAUUUUUUUUAAUGUUGUUGGUUGUCUAACUAUGAUGAUUAAGUCAUAACAAGGUAUCACCCUUAACAUUCUUUUAUACUCUAUUUUUCAAUAGGAGUCAUAUGUUAUUGAUUGUAUUUUAUAUUUUCAUCGUGGCUUUGAAUAUGCUUCAUCAGCUAAGCUCAAAGAUCUAAAUGUCCUGUGAAUUCAAGUGUUGAUAUUUUUAAAGCCAUUUUGUGGUGCUUUUUGCUCAGAAUGGCUUUUAUCAUGUUCAUAGAAAAAAUUUCCUGAUGUUGGUUAUGUUCCUGCUCAAGGUUUUGCACAAACAUACUUAUCAGGCUGUAUAACAGUCUUGCUUAAGGAAGCUUGUAAUUAAAGUGCAAUAAUUUGUACCCUGUGAUUUUAAUUCCUUCAAUUAUAUGUAUUUUAUGUUGAAACUUGAAUGUAUUUUUGAUAGAAGUUGUUGACUGUCAAACUUGAUAAACUUUUAGCUUUGUUAAAUCUAUGUUUAUUGUCUAUUUAUGAUUUUCCACAAUAUUGAUAUUAAUUUUAUUUCUACUUUAACAGGGUUCACAUUAUGGUACUGGAAGCCAACCCUGAAAUAUUCACUUGAUUGAGGGCUAUUUCUUCCUAUCUGGUUGAAGCUCAAUAAAUGCAAAAUGCUCACUUUCAGUCAUUUUGACCAGCCAGUUAAAGUGUAGGCAGAUAGGGACUUACUUUGACAGUCAAAAACUGUCAAAUGACUAAAAGUGAGUUUCUCAUGUUUAAUUGGGAGGAUGUCUGAAAAUUAGAUUACAUAUCACAAGUUUGUUUGUUGUUUUUUCUAAAAAAAAUAAUUGAAGAUAACAUUUUGAAUUUUUUUUAAAGUUUUGAGAAUUUUUAAGAGUUUUUUUUCUUUAUUCCGCUUUGAUUGUGUCAUCUCUGCUCACUCAAAUAUGUAUCAGUCACUCAGGUGACCCUGCAUACUCAGUUUCUCUUAUUGACUAUCCAUGUGAGGUGCAUUUUUGCAAUCAUUCAUUAAGGCUUUGCUAUGUCAGUACCAUGUUGUUUUGAACUUUUAAAGACUAUAAUUUUAAAUGUAAAAAUUGGGUUCCUCAUUGUAUGAUUGAAAAAUCUUCAAACGUUCAUAAUAUAUAGCAUAGUAAUAAAAUGCCGGCUCUUGUCAUAGGGCACAUGUGUUUUUAUAUCAUAAUGAUGGUGGGUUCUAUUUUUCAAUGAUACAAAACUUCAUUCCAGUAGUCUCAUACCUACAAACAUUUGUAAUAUCAAGCAGUUAACUGUACUGUUACAUUCAGAGCCCAAUAGCAUGAUAUCAUAUUUUUUCGACAAGGUUUUCAGUUUUUCUUGUCGCUUGCCAUUUAAUCGUAUCUGUAGUAGUGUUUGGACUACUGUUAACUUAUUGUUUUGAAUUGUCUCUUUUUCUGACAGCAAAAUAAAUUUUGAACCAAUUUA